AUGGAGUACUUGUGGGCUCAAUUUCGAAAAAUAGGGUUUAAGGGUGAAUUCUCAUUGGGAAUGCUUGAUCAUCAGGAUGUCUUGAUUUGUUUUGAUCAAGAAGAUGACUUCCAAUGCUGCUGGAUCAAAGGUCUCUGGAUGUUUGGUAGCCAUAUUAUGAGGGUUUUGAAGUGGACACUGGAAUUCAACCCGAAGCAUGAGUCUUCUAUGGCCCCAGUUUGGGUGGCUUUUGAGGGACUAUCGAUUCACCGCUUUAAUGAGGAUUACAUGCGUAAACUGGCCGGAAUAAUAGGCACGCCUUUGAAGAUUGACGUUCCAACUUUGAACAUGUCGCCUCCCUCGGUUGCAAGGUGCCAAAAAAUUGGGCACUCUGAAUUGGAGUGUCGACAUGUAAAAGGGACAAAAAGUGAUGUUGAAGUUGCACACAGAAAAGCCAGGGUUGCGGAAAAUCAAACUAAAAUAGUUUCUGCUGCGGAGAUUGUCAAGGGGAGAGUUCCAUUAAACAAAACUAAUUGGAAGCAGAAGGAUGUUUCUAACACCAAUACAGAGAAACUGGGUAAAGGAGAAUUAGCUUCGAAAGCAAAGUCAAAUACUCAGGAAAAAGAUAAGGUUCCAUUGAAGUCUGCGGCUGUUGAGGAAAUUGGGAACAAAGCUUCAUCAUCGGGUGUCGCAGUGGCGGAGAAAGAAAGAAUUUUGGUUGAUGUGGUUGAUAACACGCCAAGUAAAACUCUUCCAUCAGCUGACAGAAAGAUCACUAAAGAGCAAUUGAGUACAAUUAUUGAGAAGAAUUCCUCUGAAGAAGAUUGUUGGGAAGUAGAAGUUACAGGUUCAUUAUCGGAUGAAACCCUAGGAAAGCAGCUCACUUUCUAUACUCCGCAGGUGAAUCUCUCUUCACGAUUCGAUGUUCUGGCUGCUAUGGUUGAGGAUCCACCAAACCAGACUGAGAAAGGUGCUGCUAAUACACUGGAGAAUGCGUUGCACAGGGUCGAAGAACCUGAUUCUGAGUGGAGGAACUCCAAGACCAUGAUGCGAUGCGCCUUGCUGUGGGCUUUGAAUUUGCGCAGGAUGAUCUAG